AAGCAGACGACUAGCUUUGUUCGUGUUAUGCUACGCACCGUCAUGCGUGUUUGCACAUGCGUUCUUCGAAUUCGGUGCAUGUUGUUAUCUGAAGUAGGCAAUGUGAAGAAUUCAACAGUUCAGAUGUUGCUCUUUUUCCCGCGCUUUUGUCAGAGGAGAGCUUGGGUUCAACAGAACCAGGGCCGAGUUGUCUCUCUUGAGUUGUAUACCUCAUGAUUUUUGUAGUGUGAGGAUCUAGGAGCAGCGAGGAAGUGUGAUUGGAAAAGUUGUUAGGGCCACUCGUAGGGAACGACUCGUAGUUUCGCAGUGUGUGGUUGUCAUGCCGUUGAGUCUACAUGUACCAUGUUUUUCGAUGCCACUACGUUGGUCCAUACUCCUUACAGAUUGAUUGGCUGGAUGUUUACAAGGAUUACUUUGCAAGAAACUACAAAACAGACGAACAGACGAAUAGUGGAAGAGGCUGCAAACAUGUGAAACCUAACAGACAUCAAACCAAGAGGUCGCCCCACAUAUACGAUAAUCACAACUAAUAUAUACUGACCUUGUGCCUGAUUUCACCUGAUUAAAUUGUCUAAAGGACAUUACUUCAUACACAAACGUGGCAAGAUGUCUCCAAAAGAUAGGGCAGACCAGACGGAGCAACGUUCUCCUCUCCGACUUCCAAACAAGAUUGCAGAUGCUAAGCCCAAUAUUACAAGUCGGCUAAGAUGUCGCGUCAGGGAGGAGAUAGAGCAACACAGGCAUGAUGACGUCUUGCCUCGUUUCUUCCUCCAUAUGGCCACCUUCACUUCUCUCCUUCCUCCACAUUGGGAGAGUUUCCCCCCGGAACUCAAGAUGUUUCUUGAGAAGGAGAUGUUUGAUCCGGUCCUGCUGUACAUCCUUGAGCGUGAGGGCUUAAUGAACUGGUGCCCUUCAGUCAGGAAGGUCUACCCUUUGAUAACACCAGGUGAUGGUAACUGCCUACUCCAUGCUGUCUCCCUGGCAAUGUGGGGCAUAGAAGACGAUGAGCUGGUCCUGCGGACUGCCCUCUUUCGGCUUCUGAGGGAUGAUAAGAAUGAACGGAAUCGUCUGCGUUGGCAGCGAGAGCGUAUGAGAGUGGAUUCUGCUAUACCAGGGAGUGGUUUGGUGUACAACACCAUAGAGUGGGAAAGUGAAUGGGACAUGAUUAAAACAAUGGCAAGUCCAGAGCGACGACUGACCACAGCCCAAGGCCUCCCCUAUGAAAGCUUGGAGCAGUUCCACAUCUUCAUGUUGGCCAACAUGCUUCGGCGUCCCAUUAUCGUGGUGGCCCAGGACAUGAUGCGUAGUCAGUUGGGCCACUCCCUGCAGCCUCAGGACCUGCACGGGAUCUACCUGCCGCUCAACUGGGACCCAGCCACCUGCUACCGCCACCCCAUCCUCCUGGGCUUCCACCAGAACCACUUCACACCACUGCUGUGCACGGCCAAGCUAGACUCAGAAGAUGACCUGGACAACCACCUCUUUCCGAUUGUCCAGCAAGACUACACGCACAUGAAGGUGCACUUUCUGGAAGAAGAGGAAGAGAAGCAUGUUGAUAGACUUCUACAGGAGUAUCUGAUCAUCGAAGAGAUCACCCACAUUGGGAGGAGCCUUGGCUCACCUCAUGGGAUACCAGGAGCUCAACUUGCCAGCAAGAAUUUCAACCCCGAUCUGGAUCUCAUGGUUCCCUACUUAAAGCUUGCAGAGACUCAUUACCGGCUUUACCUUGAGAGGGAAUUUGGGAGCACUGAUGAAAGUGUAGAGACCGGUGGAAAGUCAGAUGUUGGUAUGGCGAAAGACCCAGAAAAGUUCUACUCACUGGAAGAUCAGCCCAAAUCCUUUCCACCCGUUAGUUAUCAUGCAGUGCCCAAGGAAGGGAAAACUUCAUGGUCUGGAGCUGGUGCACCUGUUGGUCAGCCAUCAGAUGCAGCUGGUAAUGCUGGUAGUGUGUCAAAGCCACACCCUCCCUUCCACAGGCCUUUCUCCUUGGUGGAACAGUCUUGUAAGACAGAAGGAUGUGUCUACUACCGCUCUGUCAGCACUGGGGAGUACUGUCACGAAUGUUUCCAGAAGCGAUCCCAAAGCCAGAUGUGUCAGGGGGAUCGAUGUCUUAACCCUGCCGAGCAGGGCUGCCAAGGUCUCUGCCGGGUCUGCUUUGACCAGAGGAAGCUGAAUGAGGACGCAGUUGUCGAUGCCACUGCUCCGCCGUUGAGCAAAAUAAGUCUGGAACCCAAUGCCAAUAAGGCUGCACCACCUGCACAAGUUGAUGAGAGUCCGUAUGGAUUCAAGAAAGUCGGCAGCACACAGAAUCCCCUCCAAGCACCCCUUAGUCAAGGCUCAUCUUCUGUUGGAUAUGCAGGAAUGGCAGUUAGAAGAAAGGAGCCCAUGGCUGAGAAAGCAUGUGUGAAUAAAGGGAUGGCAAACAGUCCAGAUGACGAACUUAAUUCCCUAAUUGUCCACCAGCAGGUACCCUCCAAGAAGUGCAUCAUGCCGGAGUGUCCCUUGACUGGAGAUCCAUCCAAGAAUGAUAUGUGUGGCAAGUGCUACACUGAGAACCUCCAAGUGGAACAGGAGGUCAAAAAGUCCAAGAUGGGUUAUCAGCCAGCAGCUGCAAUCAAGCAGCCACCUGCCUACUCUGCAUCACAGGCAACCACCAGUGCUACCAGCAGCAGUGCAGGUGCACUUCCUGGAGCUGCAGCUGCCUCCAAUGAGCAGUUGUAUCCGGGGAGGAAGCUGUCCAAGUUGACGGUCCAGAAGAACAUCUGUGCCACUGCCGGCUGUGAAGGAAUACGUCUUGACACGCCACCUUACAGUGGAUACUGUUUUAAUUGCUACAGUAAGAAUAAUAGGAACCCCCCUUUGGCCCCAACUGUUCAGGCUAGAAUUCCAGGCACCUUACUUGGUCAGGUGCAACCCAAUCGCCAGGAGUUACCUACACCUGUCAUCGGGGUUGGACGUGCACGGCUCUGGGAAAACGGCAAUAAUUACAUGACUGUGUCACAACCCAAACAAGCUGAGAGUCACUUGAGAGGAGCUGUGUAUCCCUCAGUCAACACAGCUCCUUCGGCAUUUGAGGCAGGGACCAAGAAUCACGCCCCUGCCUCAGGAGAUCUUGGAAGGAGGUGCAAGCAUCCUCGCUGUAACAAUCUAGCAGCACCGCCCAAGUUCAUUUUGUGUGAAGAGUGCAUAUCCGUUGCAGCAGAGCAGUUCAAAGAUGAAGACAGACAGCAAUCUGUGAAGCAGCAGGCAGUCAGAAGUGGGACAUUACAGCCCCAACCGGCUGAGCCGAGUCAACCAAAAGUCUUUAGCAAAGCUUCACUCAGCGCGACAGAGGCUGGUUUCAAAAACAUCCGCAUCAAUCGUGUCAAAUGCCAAGUGCCAGGAGGAUGCGUGGAUGACAUGUUUGGUGAUCCUGAGUGCGGCAAUCUUUGCUCUCGUUGCUUUGCAAAGAUGUCCAUGAGACGCACUCGUGCUCGAGCCUCUCCACCACUGUGUCAUGCUGAAACAAGACCAACUCAGUCCCCUGUCCACCAGUACCAUACAGCGCCUUUAAAUCCCUCCCCCCGCAUCCCACAGGCUCCACCCAGAGCUCAGACGGAGGUCAUGUACUCCGAGAGACAGCACGAUCUGCCUAUGGUCCACAAGCGUCACACCUUACCGGCCAACUAUCAAAAGUGUGCCCGGCCCAGCUGUCACAACCAGGCCAAUUUGCAGAUACUGGAGGGCUACUGUAAUGCCUGCCAUCAAGUCUACCGGCAGCAUGGCUAUACCCCUGAGCCCCUGUUGGCCAACAGCGGAUCGCAGGCAAGAUUCUACCCCCAGCCGCCAGGCUGCAGCACAAGGGAGGAGAAGAUACUGAACAUUGAGUCCGGUCCAAGAAUUCCACCCCGGCCAGAAGCCAAUCGCACUGACAUGGGUUGUCUGAGCGAAGGAUGCACCAAUUACGGAAACCCCCGUUGUCAAGGUUACUGCAAUAGCUGUUUUCGGCUUCUUAAAAACUAGAAGCCCAUAGACAUACAAUGUCUGAUGGUCAGCAGUCUUGCAAUUUUGCCCUCUUGGGAGGAAGUCUGAAAGCAGGCACGUUUCAUUUGUUUUUCCUUUCAUAAAAGUACAUAUAGCAGGAAUUGAUGGGAAUGCUGUACAUACAUGUAUAUUGCUUCUCAUGACGUAGCAGCACAGAAACUGUACCUGUGUUCGUACUUAUAUGAUCAUAAAAAAACCUCUCCGAAAAUUAAUUUUUAAAGCCGGUUCAUACUUCAGGUGAAUGCGAAGCAAAUAGGAGAUGACAAAAAGUUGCAUCAAAAUUGACUUGAGUUGAAAUGUGUCCAACUUUUGCCAAUUCGCAGCUCAAAUCUUUGAUAUGACAUCAAAAGAUCAUUUUCCUUUUCCUGCAAAUUAUAAUCUACUAGAGGCCAGAAUUUAAGUUGAGUGAAUCUCGAAGUACAUACAGUACAAUGUACAUGAAAUACCAGUGUUGUAAAUAAAUAAGUCUCUAACAAGUCUGUCAUAAACUAUUAGUCAUAUCUGAUCAGGAUGAACUCCUUUGUCCUACUCCUAGGUCACGUGAACAACUUAUGACUUUUGAUUAACUUGUAACAUAAUGUAUGUUUAUCUGCUAUCAAGUGUGAGUAAUUGAUAGCAGUGAUUCAGGUUAACAUGUUGAAAAUUGGCAAAACUAUGCCCAUUGAUUUUGGAGUUGUUCAAAAAAGUGACAAUUUGAAUGAAGGUAAAAUGCUGUGGUAAUUUUUUAAUGUUACACACUGGCUUUUAGUCAUUUCUUUGUCGCUAUAUUAGAAACACUGUAUAUUGUUUGUUGCAAUUAAUGUUUAACAAAACAACACACUUAAGUAUACAUGUAUGUGUAGCUUUGUAUAUUGCAUGUUUAAUCAAUGCUGAUUACAUCUAACAGAAUGGCAAGUUCACACAUUAGGUAGAGGAAAACUUUUUUCUUAAGAUGAUUGACAUCCCAACCUGAUAUUGUUAUCAAGAGUAAAUGCUAGCCUGCUUGACAAAUUUGUCAAUAGCUUUGUUGCUGUUGGAAAAGUACAAUGGGAAAGUUGUGAAGCACGGAGGGGGGAGAAAAUCCUCCCGACUUUUUUCAACUAGGGGUAUGCCCCCCCACACACACUUUUUGCCGGUAAUGGGGUAGGGCUGUUAAUGACUGAUGCCUGAUGGUCUCUCAUCCAUGGCAACUGAUCUCUCUCCUUCUCCCACUUUGAAAAUCGUACCACCAUUAGUGAUUAUGAUGACCUUUUUGAGUCCCUGUUACAUCUGACCUGUGUAAUUUGACAUGAAAAUUUCAAUGAAAUUAGACUUCAAACGGUUGGAGAUUCAGUCACGUCUCGAAAUUACGAAAUGUGUUCCUAACUUACAAAUGAUAUGUCAGAUGUGACAGGGAUGCGAAAAAUUGGAUUCCAUCCUUAUAUAAUGACCCAAAUGCAUGUACAUGUACAUUAUCUGUUUGAAAGUCAACCUUACUUUUAAUUUCUACUCCAGUGUUGAAUUUUCAAUGUUGUCUUUUUGUUUAUCUGUAUUGCUUGUCAACAUUUCUCUCUUUUCUGAAUUUCAUGAUGCUGUUGAGUAAAGUCCAAUACUNGUUAUUGCAAUAUCCUGCUUUAUUAUAACAGGAUAAAUUUUAGGUUCCCAAGUUUUUUGUAUUUCUUUGUUUUCUAAAAACUAAUAAUACAAGGUCCCUGUUAUAAAUUCUUAAUGACCUUACCACAAAGGUGUAUAAACCAAUAUGAUUCUGGUGUUACUUUGGAAUGCACAUGUAAUUCUGAAAGAUUUUCUGGGGAAUCACCAUAUAGCUACAUUUACUCAGAUGUGUCCUAAUACUGGGAAUCACAAGACAAUUUUUUGCAACAUAAUUAUUUUUAACUUAAAAGUAUGUUAUACAUGUAUGUGGAAGGAAAAACUGAAAAUGUUACUUUUAAUUAGUAGCACAAGAUUAACUCCAUCAUCAUCUUAUUAAAAAUCCUUAAACCUUAACCCCUUCCAAUUUGUGUUGUUUCACCUGGUUAACUUAAUACUGCCUGGAAUUUCAUUUAAGACAUCUCUUUGUCCUAAAAAAAUUCCAGGUAGUCAACAAACAUUUUAGAUGGUUUGGAGAAAGGUCGCAAUCAGUCAAAAAUGUUAUAAAAGUGCCAGGCUGACCCCCUUUGAUAGUUUAUUUAAUUUGGGUUGAAAUUUGCAUGACAUAAACGACUUACGUUUUAGGAACACA